AUGUCUAUCCCUCGCGUCCUCGAGCCCCUCGGCAGGCCCACCCCCAUCCGCAUCCUGGCGUCAGCGGAGGAAACAGACGGGCUGGUAUCCGUGUUUGGCUACGGCGGCGUCACGGGCGAUGCGCCGGGAUUCCACUACCACAACGAGGUGCACGACGUCUUCCUGUGCACGCGCGGGCGGAUGAAACUCUGGGCCGGGAACCGAUGCAGGAUCCUGUCGCCGGGUGAUUUCGCGUACGUGCCGCCCAAGGUCGUCCACCAGCCGCAGCUCGUGGAUCCCGUCAAUGAGAGUGUUGGGCUGGUCACACCGGGCCAGUGGGUUGACUUCUUCCGGUUUGUCACGGAGAAGUACGACGGCAUCAUCGGGGAUGAAUUCGAUCGGCGCAACACGAUGAAGUUCAUGUUCAGCAUGAUCCAGGAGAUCAAGGAGAAAUACGACGUGAUAUUCCAGCCUGGGUUCCAAGGCGCCGAGGUGUCGGACUGGUCUGAGGAGGACUCCAAGUUACCAGAUGGCCCGGAGCCGACCGAGUACUUCCUGCGGGCGAACACUGGCCCGAGGUACUUCCUCGAAGGCAUUCUGGCUCGGCCCUUCAUCACGACGAAGCAAAGCGCGGGCCAGUUUGCGAUCACCAGCAUCGAGUCCAGUAACCGACUGACCAACUCGGUCCUCAGCAAGCCGUUUGUAUUUGAGAAAGUGCACCAGGUCUACCACGUGCUCGAUGGCGCCAUUCUCGUCAGAACUGAUGGUCAGGCACCUGGAGACCUUGUGCGCGCGGGAGAGACGGUCUUCAUUCCUGCCGGCAAGGAGGUCUCGUUUAGCUUUGUCGACAGGUAUGUCCGACUGUGGUCCUUCACGGGUGGGGAUGGAAUCGAGGCACUGGUCGCCGGCGCCGGCGAUGCCUUUGAAGGUUCGGUCGUUCCGGAUCAAGUGGCGUCGUUCGAUGUCGACCGGGUGCACCAGGUAGCAGAGUCUUUAGGUAUCAAGAUCAAGCUGUAG